AUCCAUGAUAUCCCUUAUCUUUUAAAAACACAUUAUUUAGGACCAGUCGUAGUAUAAUAAAUCGCUUUGAAUAAUGUACAGUCCAUCUACAUGCACAAGAGCAAUAGACGUAGUACUUCUAGGACAAAUACAAUGUUGAAGUGUGCUGCAGCCUUUAGCCUUCAACAUUCGUUCAGUCCGUCAUCCGCGGAAUAACAAUCACCUCUCGUACUUUAUCGAGAAGUACACGUCUUGUUUUUUUUCUGGGAGGUUUACAUUACAGAUAUGUGGUGGUUUGGGUUCUCAGUCAUGCCCCAGCUGAGACCGUGAUCAGUGCCCCCAGCACCUUCCCCAGGCCUAGGCCUGGUUUGGCGCAGCCUGAGCCAGCAUGUCCAGCUCAGGCUACCCCCCCAGCCAGGGGGCCUUCAGCAACGAACAAAACCGUUACCCUCCACACUCAGUCCAGUACACCUUCAGCACAGGACGUCAUCAGCCGGAAUUCACCGUCCAAGACUACCGGACACACAUUCAGGACCAGCAGCAGGCGCGACGCAGACCCUCUCUGCUCUCGGAAUUCCACCCUGGAACUGAGAGGCCACCAGAGAGGAGGCAUGGCUACGAACAACAGUUUGUCACAUCCCUCAGCACCCAGUCUGAGCAUGAGUCCCUGGAACCCAAACGGCCACGUGUGGAUGGGCCAUCGGAUACUCACUUCGCCCGCGCGCCGACGGGCACCAUUGUCCUGCCCCUGCCCCACGUCAUGCAGGAUGGCAUCAGGUCUGCAGCUGGAGAGGUCAAAAAGGAGACACAGUUCAAUGUGAAGGUGGAGGCGUCCUCCCCCGGAGGAGUGGGUCAGCACGUGGCGGAGGAGCAGGAUGCGUCCCCUUCCAAACUCUCCAAGGAGGAGCUCAUCCAGAGCAUGGACCGGGUGGACCGAGAGAUCGCCAAGGUGGAGCAGCAGAUCUUUAAGCUCAAGAAGAAACAGCAACAACUGGAGCAGGAAGCAGCCAAGCCAGUGGAGCCGGAAAAGCCAGUGACCCCCCCACCAGUGGAACACAAGCACCGCAGCAUCGUGCAGAUCAUCUACGACGAGAACCGGGUCGGUGCACUGGGGACCCCAGUCUCGAUAUUGCACUGGCACACAACUCCAAAAAAAGCAGAGGAGGCCCAUAAAAUAUUCGAAGGUCUUGGUCCCAAGGUGGAGCUACCCCUAUACAACCAGCCAUCAGAUACGAAAGUGUACCACGACAACAUAAAGACUAACCAGCUGAUGAGGAAGAAGCUCAUAUUGUUUUUCAAGCGGAGGAACCAUGCACGCAAACAAAGGGAACAGAAGAUCUGCCAGCGCUACGACCAGCUGAUGGAGGCCUGGGAAAAGAAGGUGGAACGCAUGGAGAACAACCCGCGCCGCAAAGCCAAGGAGAGCCGCACGCGAGAGUACUACGAGCGUCAGUUCCCGGAGAUCCGCAAACAGCGCGAGCAGCAGGAGCGCUUCCAGAGCUCUUUUCUUGCUCUCUCAAGGGUGGGUCAACGGGGAACUGGUCUGUCGGCGACCAUCGCGAGAAGCGAGCAUGAGAUUUCCGAGAUCAUCGACGGCCUAUCUGAACAGGAGAACAACGAGAAGCAGAUGAGGCAGCUGUCCGUCAUCCCGCCCAUGAUGUUCGACUCGGAGCAGCGACGUGUGAAGUUCAUCAACAUGAACGGCCUGAUGGAGGACCCCAUGAAGGUCUACAAGUCCCGCCAGUUCAUGAACGUGUGGACUGAACACGAGAAGGAGAUCUUUAGGGAGAAGUUUGUGCAGCACCCAAAGAAUUUUGGCCUCAUUGCCUCGUAUCUGGAAAGAAAGUGCGUGGCCGACUGCGUGCUAUACUAUUACUUGACUAAGAAGAACCAGAAUUACAAAACACUGGUGCGGCGCAACUAUAGACCGCGGCGAGGGAGAAAUCAGCAGAUAACACGGCCCUCGCAAGAAGACAAGUCGGACGAUAAAAACGAAGAGGACAAAUCUGAGAAAUCGGAGAAAAAAGAGGACGAGGAGAAGAAGGAAGAGGAGGAGAAAGAUGAAAAGGAGGAAUCCAAGGACCUUGGCAAAGACAGAGAAAAGUGUGACGGCGGGGAGGACGAGGACGGAAAGGAGCAGAACACGCCGCGCGGACGCAAGACCGCCAACAGCCAAGGGCGCCGCAAGGGCAGGAUCACCACGCGCUCCAUGGCCAAUGAGGCUGCCUCCGUGGUGUCUGAGGAGGUCCCUCCACCCCCACCUGAGCCAAGUUUGCCUGAGCCUGCUCAGCCACCCAAAACUGAGCCAGGUCCCAAGACCGUUCGAGAACCUGCCAAGACUGCUCCAGUGACCAUGGAUAGAGGAGCGGUCGAGAGCGGGGAGACGUCUCGCUGGACUGAGGAGGAGAUGGAAAUAGCCAAAAAAGGUUUGGUUGAGCACGGCCGUAACUGGUCGGCUAUUGCCAAAAUGGUGGGCACCAAGAGUGAGGCUCAGUGCAAGAACUUCUAUUUCAACUACAAGAGGCGGCACAACCUCGAGGACCUGCUCCAACAGCACAAAAAGGGGCGGCGGAACAGAGAGGACCGGGACGUGUCUCAGAGUGAGAGCAUGGCCUCCACGGCCUCCGCCGCUGAUGAUGACGACGACGAUGACAACCCAGAAGAUAGUGAAGGUCCAGACAACAGCUCCGACACGGAGAGCGCUCCCUCUCCGUCUCAGGCGGACCCCUCCAAAGCCGGCGGGAUGGCCGCGCAGCGGGACGAGGACUCGGCGGCGGCCUCGGCCUCCGAGCAGGAGGCGGCCGGCGGCGGCGGCGGCGGCGGCUCGUCGUCCAAGGGCCAGGAGGUGCCGCCGCCGCCGGACGAGCUGCGGGUGAAGCUGGAGAAGAGCCCGGAGGAGUCUGGCGGUGGCGCCGGUAGCGGAGGCGGCGACAUGCCGGGGGCCCAGGAGGAGCGUCGCGGUGGCGUCUGCGGCCCCGGGGGCUACGACGGCGCCCAGGUGCACACCAAGAGCGAGCCCCAGGACGUGGAGAUGAGCGGCGCCGGCGGCGGCGGCGGCGUGCAGGUGAAGCUGGAGCCCGACGCCAAGGAGCGGCUGGACAAGCACGGCGAUCAGCCGCACUCGGACAACGACUCCAGCGCCACGUGCAGCGCCGACGAGGACGUGGAAACGGAGCCCAGGAUGUACGACAAGCCGUCUAUGUUCAACCCCGCCGGCUCGGUGCUGGUGUCGUCGGCCAAGCCGUCCCCACUGAACAUGCAGCAGCUGCAGGAGCGCGCCGCCGCCAUCCCACCCAUGGUCAGUUUCCAUAGCUACAGCCCCCACAGCUCCAUCAGAUAUGCGGAGCGACUGGGAGGAGGGCUCAGGGUUCAGAGCAUGUCGUAUGUAGACCACCACCCCCACCAAGUAUGGCCUGAGCUGGAGGUCCCCGGUGCGUUCGGUCCCGGCGGCGUUCCCCAUCUGAGUGCCUACAACAUGUUCCAGCACCAGAUCAAGGCGGCGCACGAGUCGGCGCACCAGGACGACAAGCAGCGGCAGGACCAGGCCGACCUGGAGCGCCGACCCCGCUUCGCCACGCGCAGCCCCGUGCUCGACCGGGAAGGCAAGCCAUUCUCCUACAUGCCUUAUGAAGUGCAGGAUGCCCAUGGAGGGGUUGUUCGACCCGGCACUCCUUACCGCCUCUCUCCCCGGGAUCCCAGCAAGGCCUCGCCCCAGCCAGACCCUGCUCGCUACAGUGUGCCACCUGUUCUCCAGCCAGCACCCAAUCAGAUGGUCCAGAACCUUACGGACGGGGUCCGCAUGGCCUUCCCUCGGCACAGACCGCCCAACAUUCCGUCUCCUCCUCCGCUCAUUCCCACCUCCAAGCCCUCCGACAAGCCCACGUUCAUCCAGGGGGGCUCCAUAUCCCAGGGUACGCCUGGCACGUACCUGCCCUCCCACAGCCACGGCGUCUACGGGCCCGAGGCAGCCAAGAGCUCCGUGGGCUCCAUUUCCCUUGGGCUGCCAAGACAACAGGACCCCGCCAAGCCUGUGUCCUACAUUAAGCAGGAGGAGUGUUCCCCACGAGGCCAGAGCUCACAAGGCGAGGGGCUUCACUCCAGAGCGCAGUACGAGGGAGUGGUCAGAGGGGGUCCAAUGUCUGCCAUCCAGGAUAUGGGCAUGGCAAGAGGCUCUUCUGCCAAACCACCAGAGGGAAUGCCUUACAGAGGCUCCAUCACACAGGGCACGCCAGCGCUGCCGGCCGCCGACCUCCUGAAGACGACCAUCACCAAGCUGGCCACGGAGGAGUCGGAGAAGAGCCGGGCCGAGGCCAUGAACAAGGGCCACGUCAUCUACGAGGGCAAGCAGGGUCACAUCCUCUCUUACGAUGCCAUCAAGAACCCAAGAGAGGGUACCAGGAGCCCCCGUCCUGAUCUCAAGCGUCCAUAUGACGUGAUGGAGGGGACCAGGGCCCAUGCUGGAAGGGACUCUGUACCAUAUGAAGGGUUAAUAAGCAGGGCCCUGCCGAGCAGAGAUGGCUCUCACCCGGAGUCCAAGGAUCGCAACGUUGUCACAGGGUCCAUCAUGCAGGGCACUCCUCGCGCGUCUGUGGAAGCCUAUGAGGAAGGCAUGAAAUACGGCAAGCAGAUCAAGACUGAACCGCCUAUUCGCUCCUUUGAGGGGGGCAUCACCAAGGGCAAGCCCUAUGAGGGCAUGAACACCAUCAAGGAGUUAGGCCGGUCCAUCCACGAGAUCCCCCGCCAAGAGCUCCAGGGCCAGGACAACCGCAAGACCCCGGGACUGGAGGGCUCCAUGAACCAGCAGCAGUCGACCAUCAAGCAUAAUGUGAAGUCGCUCCUCACCAGCCCCAGCAAGCUGCCGCACCCCGGCAUGCCCCAGCUGGAGGCCAUGGAGCGGGCCAAGUACGAGGAGGCUGCCGCCGCCGCCGCCGCCGCCAAGUCCUCGUCCGAGCGCGUGCGCCAGUCGGUGGUCAACUCCACCUCGGUCCUGCGCUCCACGCACCAGGAGGGCAACAAGUCCCAGGUCAGUCCGGUGAUGUACGAGGACGCCAACGCCCGCAGGACCCCGGUCAACUACAGCAGCAGCGGCGGCAGCAGAGAGAUGCAGAGAGCCUCCCCACUGCUGGUGCGAGGAGGACCGGAGGGGAGCAUCUCAGCCGGGAAGCCGGUGUCUCACGAGCGGAAGAGCGCCCUGAUGUCCACCCAGUCUGGCAGAGAGAGCGUUCCCGCCAAGUCUCCGGUGCUGACCGCCGACCCCAUGGGCUCGCCCUUCGACCCCCACCACCGACCCGUCAUUCCUGGGGAAGUGUACCGGCCUCCCCACCUGCCUCCACACCUGGACCCCAACCUUGUUUUCCACCCAGCGUACAUAUUUCCGCGGCAACCGUCUCCGACGGGCUACCACAACACGUACCAGAUGUACACCAUGGAGAACACGCGCCAGACCAUCCUCAACGAUUACAUCACCUCGCAGCAGAUGCAGGUCCCGCGGCCCGACGUGGCCCGCGUCAUGUCGCCACAGCAACACCAGAUCCAAAUCCCUUACCAUCCCGGACCACGAGGUAUUAUUGAUCUAGCCCAGAUGCCACGAGCUCCUAUCCUGUUGUCUGACCGCUUCACCUACCUCCCCGGAGCUCAGCCCCCUUUCUCUCCUAGUGCUUUCAACCAAGCCUCCAUGCUUGCAGCCAGCGCAGAGCGCGAGAGGGAGAGGGAGAGGGAGAGGGAGCGCGACCGAGACCGGGAGCACCGGGAACGGGAGAAGGAGCGCGAGAAGGAGCGGGAGCGGGAGCAGAGGGAACGCGAACGAGAGCGAGAACGGGAGCGCGCCACUGCGGCGGCCAACGAGUACAUGCGUGGAGGUCCUGAGCGGCCGGGCAGGCCGGGUAGCAACAGUUACCUGCGCUCGCCCUCGCCCUCCGUGAGGGCACAGGAGGGUGCCAACCAACAGCGGCCCAGCAUUUUCCAGGGCACCAACAAUAAGAGCGUCAUCACGCCCCUCGUAAUGUCGUCGGCCCAGAGUCGCGGCUACAGCAACGCGGCCGACGCCCUGGCAGCCCUGGUGGACGCCGCCGCCUCCGCGCCGCCGGUCGACGUGUCCAAGGCGAAGGAGAGCAAAGCGCACGAGGCCCAGCGCGACGACGACAUGGGCUCCUCCUCGUCCGCCCGCCGAGCAGCGGCAGCCGCCGCCGCCUUCGGCGAGCAGCAGGAGGCCGAGCGGCGCUCCAUGCAGUCGCCGUACGGCAGCAUGGCCGUGCCCGGCGGGGCCAAAGGUCACACGAGCUACAUGGAGGCGCAGGCCGCCGCCGCAGCCGCAGCAGCGGGGAAGGACAAGAACGCGCCCACCAAGUCCCGCAUCGAGGAGGAGCUGCGCACGCGCGGGAAGACCACCAUCACCGCCGCCAACUUCAUCGAUGUCAUCAUCACGCGCCAGAUCGCCUCAGAUAAAGACUCGCGCGAGAGAGGCUCCCAAAGUUCCGACUCCUCCAGCAGUUUGUCAUCCAAUCGGUAUGAGGCCCAAAGCGGAGGUGCCAUUGAAGUCAUCAGCCCUGCCAGCUCCCCAGCUCAGAGUCAGGAGAAGCCCGAGAGCUCCUUCCCCCAGGAGAAGGCCUCGCAGCCCCCCUCAGCAGGUGGCAUGAGGGCCUUCGACAUGAGCCGCUACCGUCAGCAGGUGGAGCGGGACCAGGGGCCCCCAGCGCCGCAGCAGCCCCCCUCCUCCCAGACGCACCGCGUUAUGACCCUGGCAGACCACAUCUCGCAUAUCAUCACCCGGGACUUCGCCCGCAAUCACGAGCCCAGCCCAGCCCCUACAUCCAUGCCCUCGUCUUCAUCCUCCUCCUCGUCUGCGUCCGCCACAUUCCAGAGCUCGGCCCCGCAUGUGUCAGGCUCCGGAUCGGGCCGGGCCAAAGGGCCCAGCAAUUACAGCCCCGAGAACCCAGCCCUGGCCUCCCACCACCAGAGACCCCCCAGCAGGGUGUCCCCUGAGAACGCCACGGAGAAGCCCAGGUCCAGGCCAGGCAAAUCUCCCGAGCGAGGUGGUCGACCUCUGGAGAGCUACGAGCCCAUCUCUCCCCCACAGAGCUACAGCAUGGACAAGCAGGAGGCCUCGGCCGCUCUGCUACAGAGCCAGAGGAGGGAAGCCGACAUGCCUGAGCAGAGGACGGACUCGCGCUCGCCAGGAAGUGGCAGCUACCUGCCCUCUUUCUUCACCAAGCUGGAGAACACUUCCCCCAUGGUGAAAUCCAAGAAGCAGGAGAUCUUUCGUAAGAAAGGUGUCGGGGAUUCUGAUGUUGGCAGUGCACAACCAGGUACAGAGAUCUUCAACUUGCCUGCAGUAACCAGCUCAAGUUCCGUGAAUCCCAGGAACCACUCCUUCAGUGACCCGGCCAGUAACCUGGGCCUGGAGGACAUCAUCCGCAAGGCGCUGAUGGGGAACAUGGAGGAGCGUCCGGAGGAGUCGGCCCAGCCAGGGGGUCCCCUCGGGGGCAGCGCCAGCAACCCGGCCAGCAUGGCCGCGCUCAACGAGGGCCGGCAGGAGGCCAACCCCUCCCCAAACACAGGGAAACAGAAGCUGCAGGGAAAGCCCAACAGCCGCAAGUCCAAGUCGCCCAAUCCUGGGCAGGCCUUCGCUGGGGGUGAGCGCCCAUCCUCCGUGUCCUCCGUCCACUCUGAGGGGGACUACCACCGGCAGCCCCCCGCCUGGGCUUGGGAGGAGCGCCCCUCCUCUACAGGGUCCAUGCAGUUCCCGUACAACCCCCUGACCAUGCGUAUGCUGAGCAGCACCCCUCCCGGCUCCAUGGCCUGCCCGUCGCCCUCCCUGCAGUCGUCCCAGCAGCCUGCGCCACCCACGGGCUCCAUGCCCUCGUCGGGAGCGCCGGGAGCGCCGCCGCCGCAGAGCCGCGUCUGGGAGCGCGAGCCGCUGCUGUCGGAGCAGUACGAGACCCUGUCGGACAGCGACGACUGAGCUCAGCCGCGAGACCAAGGAAGGAAGGACGCCCCCCCCCCCCUCGAUCAUUUAAAAAACAGAAAAAAAAAAGAAAUAAACCCUCGCAUCGCCCGCGCUUCUGGGCCCUGAGGGAACAGCCCCGUCCCCCAUGAACCUCCUACCCCCCCCCCAACCCCACCCCAGUGCGGGUCUGCGCCACAGGCCCCCCCCCCUCCUCGCCCUGCCACCAGCCUCGGCUUGCAGGCGGAACGCUGCAGGGAACUGCUGGGGUGGCACUUUUGGUGCACUAGCGCCCCCUGGUGACACAGCCAGUGGAAAUUAAGGGGCACAGACUCCUGACACCUUGGAUGUUGCCACGGUGACAAGUAUGUUAGGAGCUCUUUUUUUUUUCUUCUUCUUCUUCUUCUUCUUCUUCUUUUGUUGUUGUUGUUGUUGUGGAGAGACUUAACCACGUCACCUGGCCCGGGGGAAAAGGCAGCUUAGACUUGUGUUGGCAGAGGUAUGUGUCAGUGUGUUUUUUUUUUUCUUCUCCCUCUCCUUCCUUUUUAUCAGUUUUUAGAUCACAUUACCCAACCCCCCUAUCUUUGCUGUUCCAAACAGAAAUCUGAUUUUUUUUUUUGUCUGUCCCAGUAAUGACAGAAAUUACCAAACUAAUGACACCUCUGCACCAUUGUUGCACUUUUUUUGCUUUGUAAGCUUUGACAGACAUAAAGGCAUACUACCUAAUAUAAGUUAUUUAAGCUGCUCCCUGAAGGGGGUCCUUAAUUUGAUUUCAUCAGCAGUCUGCAUCACCCCUCGGACUUCCUGAGUUCCAGUCCAUCUUCUCCGGUCGCAGAUGUCACAUCCUAUUUCCUUUAGAGUAUGGUACAGCUCUGUCAUGCGAGCGGCUUGUCAAUACCAUUCUUAUUUCUUUCUUUUUUUAGUCUCUUCAUGGCCAGAGGAAAGCUAAUUCUGAUUUUUUUUUUCUUUUUUCUUUUUUUUGUCAUUUACGUUAAUAAAACUCAUUGUCUCGCU